UUUAAAUUCUUCCAAUGAAUCAAAUUUGGUUAAUAAAACGUAAAUGAGUGAAAGUUUAAAGACGCCAAUAUAUGAAUAAAAACGAUGGAUUUUAUCCCCAUUCAAACCAAAGCCGUAUUGCUGCGGAAACGGACGCAGGAUGAAGAAUUCAAGGUAACCAUUUUCGAACCCAAGAAAGCGAGAGCAAAUAAACCGAAAAUCGCCAAGCCGACCCCGGUGGAACCGGCCGAGGGUGACGGAAACCCGGACGCCGAGGAGGACGACAUUGACGAUAUUUUCUCGGAUGCCCGGAGGCGUAAGCGGAAAGCGCGAAAGGAUGAUCCAAAGGUGUUCGACAUCAGCAGUGCCAGGAAGGAGGUGAUCAAUUUCGGCAUAUCGGGAUUCGAUAGUAAUACGAAGCAUGAAGCCAAAGUGGCCUUGGCGAUCAAGUUGGGAGCAAAACCGCCCAAGAAUAAGUACCGCAAUUAUAAGGAGAUUCUGGAGGAGCGAAAGCGGGACAAACAGGAAAAUGAUAGAACUAGUCGGCGCAAGAAGGGCCAGAGCUUCGGGGCGGCAAGGUCCUACCAGCAGCAGAAGCAGAGGGUACGGGAGAAGGCAAGCAAUCCCAAUAGCGUAGCCAGGCACUACGGAGUGGUGAAUCCGAAGAUGGAUGAUAAGAAGAAGAGGAAGGGCAAAUAAAUGGAGGUUGAAUUAUGUUGGCUGUGAUAUCUAUUAAUUGUGAGAAAUGAUCUGUUGGUUUGGUAAAAUAAUUUACUCUUUAUUCCAAAUUGGUUGCUUUAAACUUGUUUCAAUAUUUGUGGUAUCCUCUUUAUCGUCUUCUGUUUUGAACCAUUCUAGGUUUUGUUUUACCAAAUCAGUAAGUACGUUUCGCUUUCCAGCUGCAUAAGAUUGGUUACCUUACUAAACUAUCACUUUUUUAAGGGGCGCUUCUCGUCUUCGAGAUCUUUGAUCUGCCAGCGAUAGAGCCUCAAAACUAGCUCAAUUUGGAUGUUCACAGCGAAUCUCUGUUUCAGUUGUCGAUUAUGUAAUCUCAAAAAAGAGUUGCCUUCGAUUUCUGGCUUCUAGUGCCUACUAAACUGCAAUCAAGUACAAAAUUGGGGCAAAAUAAAUAAAAAAAAUAAGCAGCUAAACUAAUUUUCAGACGAUCCGCCGGUACGGAAUGAUAGCUCCAUAGUGUACCGAUCGAACCAUAUGCUCACUUUACAAACAAA